CUCAGUUUAUGCCGAUUCGUGCGAACGAAACUAUUGACGCACAGCUGCAGAGAUGAAGAAUCUAAUGAUCGCAAUCGUUUUGAUUAGCCCCUGCUUGGGGGACGUAUCACAUCUUUUGUCAGAAUAUUCCACAACUACAACUCCACCACCACCUCCUAGACCGUACAGUUUUCAGUAUCAGGCAGGACGAUUUCCUGGAAACAUAGAUCGUGUUCAACAAGAGAGUGGGGAUGGCGCCGGACAUGUUCAAGGUUCUUACUCUUUCGUCGAUCCUAAGCAUAAAAUACGAACAGUAGAAUACACUGCCGAUGAAACUGGAUUUCAUGCAUCCUUAAUAAAUUACGAAGAUACAGUUGCCCAACCUGUCGAUUCUGAAGCGGUGAAACUGGCAAAGGAAAAACAUUUUCGACUAUACGAAAAAAUUGCUGAAGCAAAUGCUCAUGGCGGUUCGGUCAAUCUACCACGGGAUUCUGCGAGUGUGGGGAGGGCGAAGGAUAGACAUAUGCACCUGUACCAGAAAAUCGCCGAGGAACAUGCUGCGAUUGCAGCUCAGAGAGAAGCCGAGCGACAAGCUUAUGAGGCUACUUCUGUAGUAAACGACAUAAAUCCUGAUCACGUGUAUUAAUUUUACCAUUUCUGUUGACAAGAAUCAUGUUAGAAACAUGAUGAUACUGAGCAUUAUUUCACAUGGCCGUUUUAAAUGUUAUUUGCAUAAGUUUUAAAUA